GUGGUUUUCCUCGCUGGUUCGCUCGGAGUGGUGAUUUACAGCACAAGUCGUGUGCAAGACGCCAUCCAGCCUCAGCGUCUGCAGGAACCCAGCUCUGCUCCCGCGUCUCCACUGCUGCGGCCACUGCGUAAAUGGAGCUGGCAAUCUCAUGACUCCCUUUCCUCCGCGUCCAGUCAGUUGAAUUCCCGGGGUAUUGUCCGCUGCAGACAUGGGCACCGUCCUCUCCAUCUCUCCUGCGACGAAGAAGGCGAUAGAGGCGGAGGUGACGGGAUGCGCACCCAAAAAUGACAAGAGCCUCAAGCGACACUCCAUGUUCGUGUCCCUGUCCUGGAAGAAGCUGGUGGCCAAUUCGGCCAAAAAGAGCGCUAAAAAGGUGACCCCUAACCCGCUGCCGAGCCUGCCCUCCAGCCAUGUGGAUCAUCUGAACAACGAGAACGUCAGGAAAACCGAGGAGAAGAAGCUGAAGGCGCCCAUCCCGGUCCCGGUGCCCACGGUGCCGACGCGCCUGUCCUCGGUGCAGAAACAGUCCAGUAGCGUAUCUCUGGUGUCACCCAGGCGGAUCGUGAUCCAGGCCUCCACCGGAGAGCUACUGCGCUGCUUGGGGGAUUUCAUGUGCCGCAGGUGCUACAAACUGAAGGAGCUCAACAGCGGGGAGGUGAUCCUGUGGUUCCGCAACAUCGACCGGACUCUGUUGCUGCAGGGCUGGCAGGACCAGGGCUUCAUCACCCCGGCUAACGUGGUCUUCGUCUACCUUCUGUGCGAGGACGCGAUCGAGGAGAGCAUCGACAAUCCUGCGGAGCUGCAGGGCACCUUCCAGACCUGCCUCUACCUGGCCUACUCCUACAUGGGCAACGAGAUCUCCUACCCGCUCAAGCCCUUCAUGAUCGAGGCCAACAAGGAGGUGUUUUGGGAGACGUCACUCGCCAUCAUAAGCAGGAUGAGCGCCAAGAUGCUGCAGCUUAAUGCGGACCCGCAUUUCUUCACCGAAGUCUUUCAGGACCUGAAGAACCAGCGAGACACCAGCGAGUCCAACCUGGACCGCUGACCCCACCGCAGCGUGGCUUUGGGAUUUCAUCGUCUGGCACCACCUGGUGUUUAGUCGGAAUGUACGGGGCCGACAGGCUCUGCUGGUGAACAUUUAGUCGACGGGGGGGAUUUCUAACUGCAUGCAGAUGAUACAGUAUAUGUCCUUUUUUUCUGUCCGCACGUCAUUGCUGCCCACGGUCCCCGCGGCGCUCGUGGGGAGAUUACGCGCGCUGAGGUGGAGCUAUCCAGGGUGCUGACCAGUUCAGCCAUUCACCCACGUCACACGAGUAGAUUUGAAUUUCCCUCAAGACUCUCGCUAAAAUCCGGGACUCCUGAUCCAGGGUCUGACCCAGUACUGUAAUUAAUUAAGACGUAUAAAUCUGGUGUACACGAAUGUGGAUUAUAUUUUAUGAGAAGGAUAUAUUUUUAAUGUUGUUUGGGGUUUCGAAGAGAGGCAUUAUAUAAAGAUGUUAAAUUAAAAUGCGAAAUAAAAAUAACAUAUUUAAUACCUGCAAAAAUCAUAUUAGAUAAAAAUCAUUAAGACAAAACUUUAAAGAGAUUUUUGAGGUAAUGAGGGAAUUUUUUAAAAAGAACAUAUAAAUAUAUAUGUCAUACCCUGGUGUUGGAAUAUUUCAAGGAGUGCGACGAGAAAAGAAAAUUAUAAUGGAAGUUAAUAAAUGCAAAGAAAGUAGUGCUGCGUAUUGAGAAAUAUAUAUUAAAUUAAAACAUACAUAUCUACAUAAUUCAUCCCAUGAUGGAUUGUUGGACGUCGAAGAAUGUAAUAUUUCUAUUUCACACUGACUUCAAAAGGACCCAGUGGACACGCAAAGACAGAGGGUCGUUGCACAACUGCAUUGCUGGAAGAAGAGGACCUAAGCAUCAUGUACAUUAGGGCUUUGCAAAGAGAUUCAAUGCAGUGUAUCACUAAGGCUUUAGAUAUGUAGGUGACGUAUGCAAGGAUUCGGGCAAGGUGUAUAUAUGGAAUACUGCAGCAGAAUUUCAAUUUCAUUUGUAAUCAUUUAACUCAUUGUACUGAGAGGAUUAGGUGUAUGGACGUUAUUUGGACAAUCUUAAGUGCCAACGGUUCUGUAUUUUUGGCCUAUUGAAAUACAGUUUACAUGUACAUAUUAUUUAUUUAUUUUAAUUUUCCUUAUUUAUGUUUUUCAUACAUCAGCCUGGUUGUAAUGCCGAGCAUGCACAGUGAGCUGUCAGCUUCUGUUUAGCCUUUUGCUACAGAUGAUUUGUGAAACUGUAAAUAUGUGUUCUUCAUUUGCACCUUCCUCUCUAUAAGCUAAAUGCUCCGAGUACAAUCAAACUCAAGCUUAUAGGGCCUUACCAGUAUCUUGGACAUGUUGUGUACCACCAUGUUGUGAACCCAUUGCUUGGAGUGGAAUGUAACGCUGCUUAUUUUGCACAUGUGAACAAACUGUUGAUGUUUCUGCACAGUGGUUUACAAAAGUGGACAUGUGCCGCUCAUUCUGCCCACGAUCUGGAGCGCUUACAUUUGCAGUCAUUUUCACGUUUGCUUUACAUUGAAUACAUGUCGACUUUUUGUACAGCUUUUUUUUUCAUGUUGGCAUCCACUUGUGUUAAAAGUGCAAUCGGUGUGUUGCCCGGACUGUAGAACACCACACUGUUUCGUGUCUACAUGUUGAUAAAUGGACACUUCUGUGGUCAUCAAGGUGAAAUAAAUCUUCAUA